UGUUGGACGGCGGUUGCGUUCGCCGGUUCACGUUCGGCUUCGCGAUUUGGAUUCGCUUUUGCUUUCGAUUUCGAUCGCGAUUCGCGCGAUCGCGAAACUACGAUCAGUGUGUGUUGCGAUGUAUGGUAGUGGUGGUGGCGGUUGUGAAUGCGAUGCAGUCGAUCGCGUGAAAAUUCGUAGUUUUUCAUCGUACUCGUAGUACCUGUCGCUGGUAGUGUUUUUAAGUAUUGUAUUUCCAAGUGCUCAAGUGUUGUGUACCUGUGGUGUGUAUGUGCUGAAAAAAAUAAUAUUCAUAUGAAAUGAUCAAGGUUGUAAUACUACGUCGACCAAGGACACCUAAUUCGUAACAUGCUAGCUGUGUGUAAUUAACAAUACCUUAACUAAAAAAAGACCACGAUGUCAGGUUUAAUAACGAACGGUAAAUAUUGGACGACGGAAUGCAUCAGGCAUCCAAAACGCAGAUUAUGCACGUGUUGUCCAAAUGGAAUGCAUAUCGAUGUAGAUUUCGACAUAUUUUAUAAAACUUUAACCAAAAUGCAACGUAACAAUGUAGAAUCACCGACUAAACAAUUCAAGUACUUUAAACGAAAACAAGAGCCGACGUUCGACGCAUUGCUCGGAUCGCAGAAUCAUCCAACCAGCAACAUCGAUGAGAUCGUUUACAAGAGCAGAGAUAUGCCGGCGAAAGCUUCACCGGAUGUUCAAGAGUCACUGGAACAAGCUCUGCACGAUUUCGAAGAAACCUUGAUACGGUCGUGUACUACUGAUUCUAGAUCUCCAAUCACGUCGCCUUUGCUUAGUAAUCAUUUCAGUAGUUCUUUGUCUUUGCGAAGCGAUACAAAAUCGGAUUACACAUAUAAGCCGAUAAAUGGCGAAAGAGAGAAAUACGUGAACGGAGAUAUCAAUUUUACAACGACGACGACGCAGAGCACGGCCACGAUGACAGUAUCGCCAAAAAAGCCACAGUUCAAGGAAACCGGAAUCAACUGCUCGGUUAUCACUAGAGAUGUGGGUACGAAUUACAGUCUAUUCAAUCACGUCAACGUAGCCACAAAUACUUCGCUGGAUACUACGGAUUCUCAAACGAUGACUGAACUUUCAUCACCGGAACAACCCAGACGUAAAUUUAGUCUGACGCAGAUUUUUAACGAUGCAAAAAAAUCAAAUUUCACUUCAGUUGGUACCCAAACGUUCAACAAAAUCACACUUUUAGAAAUAAUUGAAAAAAGAGACACCGGUAUACAAACUGAACCCGAUACCCGGACUGAAUGCACAUUGAAGAAUAUCUUCGAUGGUAAAUAUAAAAGAAAUCGAUCGGUGGCGACGUCUACGCAAGAUCUACCAAAUUCAACUCCACAUUCCAGUGGACUUACUCAACUACAGACUGAUCUAAUAAAUUUAAAACGAACUUAUUCCAAAUACUGCCAAACGAAAGAUGUUAUCGUUAAGGAAAAUGUUCUAUGUACGAAACGAGGGUGUCAGACGGAUCAGAUACCAGUACCUCGAACGAAAGAGUCCGGUGUCAAUACGAUUAAGAAAAAAUUAGUCGACGCGUCCACUGAGACGUCUUUCAGUACGCCUGUAUUGUGCGAAAAAUGCCAAACGAGCAACUUAUCCAAUUUGGGUAAGGAUAGUCCGUUAUCUGUAUCGAAAAUACCGCGACCAAAAAGCAUACCUAUCGCGCCUCAUAACAGGAAGAAAUUAAUGAGACAAGAUACUUACGUCAAAAUACCAGCUCAAGAUGAACAAAUCAAGAAAUCGGAUAUCGUUAAAUCGCCGGAAUCUAAAACUCCCACGAGUGACAGUCGUUCUCAGAACGAAUUCGCUGAAGAGACAUUCUUCCAACCAAUCUCAGAUAAUAAGAUUAAAGCUGAACCCAGUACUGAAAUGAAAGCUGCGAUGAAAGUUCUAAAUGAUUCACUUCACAAACCAACAUUCUCAAAACUGAAACAAACUACUCUGAAGAACGCAAUAUCUGUAAUUCAACAAGAAUGGUUCAAAAUAUCCAGUUUAAGUAUCGCAGAUCCUUUAGUUGUCGAAGACUACCUGGAUGCCAUUGAGGAAAUCUCCACCAGCUUAUUAGAAUACGUGGUUAAUAUGCGAGAUGGAGCCGGUAACACAGCGAUGCAUUAUGCUGUAUCUCAUGGCAACUUCGACGUUGUUUCGAUUCUACUCGAUUCUAAAGUUUGCGAUAUAAACGUAGUCAACGACGCUGGAUAUACUUGUAUAAUGCUCGUUUCAUUGGCCGAAAUAAAAUCUUCAACUCAUUGUGAUGUUAUCAGACGUUUGUUCCAAAUGGCCGAUAUAAAUUUAAAAGCUAAAAAGCAUGGUCAGACUACUUUGAUGUUAGCCGCAUCCCAUGGUAAACUGGACGUUGUAAAUUUACUACUUGAAUGCGGCGCUGAUGUCAAUAUUCAAGACGAUGAUGGUAGUACAGCUCUUAUGUGUGCUGCUGAGCACGGUUAUUUGGAUAUCGUAAAUGCUCUAUCUUCGCAUCCAGAAUGUGAUUUAACCAUUAAAGAUAACGAUGGCAGUAAUGCAUUGACCAUUGCAAUGGAAGCCGGCCAUCGAGAGAUCGGUAUCGCUCUGUAUGCUCGUCAACAUUUCGCUGAUAUGAAUUCAAACGGAUCCAAAGAGAAACGAUCGAGAAGUGCUAAUCCAAUUCUAAUGGAACAUCGAACGCGAACUCCAUCGUUGAAAUCUACCCCAUCUUCGCCUUCAGCUGCUUUGUGAUACUGUGAUAAACUCUACGAUGGUUUCCAAUCAUUAUGAUAGCCAAAAUUGAAAAAAUUCGAUUCGCUUUCGUACUAGUGUGAAGUAGUUGUGUGCAAUGAAACUUACUUAUGUGGUAUAGAUGAAGAAGUAACGGUCAACAUAUCAGGAUUAAUAUUAUGUCAAUUAUACGUUUAACAUUUCCGAUGUGUUGCUUAAUACCGAUGUAAAUAUGACUGACGAGCAUUCCAAUAUUUUCUCUUUGUUCCUCGAUACAUUUUCCAUUUUAGAUUAGAUCUUGGCCAUAUGUAUUUUUUUUUUACUAAUUUAUAACUUCUCUAAUUGUUGAUGGUAAUUAAAAAAGAUAUCGUUUUUAUGUCGUGUCCAUUUGUGAUGUUAUAUUUAUUAUUGUAUUGUUAUGUUUAAAUAAUAAUCCUUUAAGAAAUUGUUAUUCCGAAUCGAA